UUGGCAAACAAAGAGGGGUGAGGCAGAAUGCCGCUCUCUGUGAGGAUCCUGGUCUGUCUGUUACUGUACACACAGCAAGGUCAGGGGGACCUGAGAUGUCAGAUCAAGCAGGAAGAAUUAAUGAUAGUAGCUGUGCUAAACGAGAGAGUGAAGAUUACGUGUGAGUACCAGUGCCAACUCAAACACCAGCCGGCAAACCAGACUUCCUCACCGCCACUUCCUGUCCAUUUCACAGUGCGACUCUACAAGGACCGUCAGGAACAUCUAGUCUACUGUGCCUCAGGCCAGGCAGUUGAACCCCGCAUCAGGGUGGACUGGGAGCUGACAGUGAAUCACACGGAGCACAGCGGUGUCUAUUACUGCACAGACUCCACUACAACAACAUCAGGGACACUGCUCCAAGUCAAACAUGCUGUUCACAUGGAGAAGUCGCUCACCCUGCAGUACAUCCUUGGGACGAUUUGCAUCAUCCUGACACUGUACAGUGUGGCUGCUACAUCAGUGGUUCUCGUCAAAAGGAAGAUGUGUGCCCGGUGUAAAACUCACCUGGUGAGAGCUGCUGAUCUGAACCCAGUGCCACAGGCUCAGAAACCACGGAACUCUGAAUCUCAGCAAAAUGCCAGAACAGAGAGCGCAGGGACAGCUACAACUGAGGAUGCCUACAUGGCUCUGCAGAAACAUGAAGUAUCUGUGUAUAGCUCCCUCGACAACGACAGAUCCAAGACCCAGGCCUCAUCUUGGAGAUAUAAAGCAUCAACGGGUGCUCAGAACAUCCAGCCUCAGGCUGAGGAAGAGACCUACGAGAGCGUUUACGAGAGUUACUGAAGUGAGGGCCCCCCCUUAAGGAAAUGGAAGGAGGUGCAGCGUCUCCCCUCACCCACCAAGCUCCCUCUCCAGCCCAGCUGCCUCUCCCCUGCGCCCAGGAGUGACCCAGGGAGCCCAGGCUGCGGCCCUGACACACUGUGCCAUCCCGGGCCCUGUCACACAGGCUCCCUCUCCACUCCCUGAGACUGCGAGACACCCCCUGACCAGAGACGACCGUGAGGCACAGGCGCAGUGUCUGGGCUGGGCUAACUGUUCCAGUAAACCUCGUGACCAAAUUCCAUUGAUCAUUGGAUGAGAAUGGUGCAGAGGAGGCCUUUCGGCCCAUCACGGCUGCUCCAGCUCUCUGAAGGAGCAUCAGGACUUUGUGACUGUGUCCUGCCUUAUCCCUGUUUUUUGAUCCAAUAAUACUAAAGGCCUCAGUUGAAUCUGCCUCCAGUUCUGGACCCCUCGCAAAGUGACAAAGGUUUCUCUCACACCACAGUGGUCUCUUUUGCAAAUUCCUUCCGAUCUGCGCCACCUCCUCUUCAAUCCUUUUAUCAACAACCACAGCUUUUCCCCGUCUACUCCCACCAGGUCCCUCGUGAUUUUGGAAACUCCUAUCAAAAUCUCCUCUCAGCUUUUGUCUUCCAAGGAAAACAGUCCGAAUCUCUCCAAUCGAUCCGCACCGUUGAAGUUUCUCAUUCCUGGGACCAUCCUAGUAAACCAUUUCUGUCCUCCCUGUCAUGUGCUCACAUCUUUUCAGUAAUGUGCCACCCACACAGUACUCCAGCUCAGUGGCUUGUACAAGUUCAACACCACCUCCUUGCUCUUGUAAUUCUGUUUUUUAACCUUUACUUUACAGGACUGUACGGUGGCUCAGUGGUUAGCACUGCUGCCUUACCCUGGUCCCUGGUUCAAUUCCUGCCUCAGGUGACUGUCUGUGUGGAGUUUGCACAUUCUCCCCGUGUCUAUGUGGGUUUCCUUCCACAGUCCAAAGAUGUGCAGGUCAGGGUGAAUUGGCCAUGCUAAACUGCCCCUAGUGUUAGGUGCAUUAGUCAGAGGGAAAUGGGUCUGGGUGGGUUACUUUUCGGAGGGUCGGUUUGGGCUGAGGGGCCUGUUUCCACACUGUAGGGAAUCUAAACUAAAUUGACACAAUACACACAAGUGCGCACACAGACACAGGGUCUAGAUUAGAAUGGUGCUGGAAAAGCACAGCAGGUCAGGCAGCAUCUGAGGAACAGGAAAA